AUGACUCCUACUCCUACUGCAACCUGCACCGUCACUUGUUCAGACCCCGAGCCCGCAGGGUUCAUUAUACCUGACUUCUUCUUUAACGAUUUCCACUAUCCCUUCCAACUGAACCCUAACUGUUAUCCGGUCGAGAGCGCUUCUGCAGAAUGGCUUUGUAACGAAGCGCAUUUAGUAGAGCCCGAAAAGUCCAAAUAUAUAAGCUUGCGCGCAGGUUACUUCGCUUCAGCUGUCUACCCUCAUGCGGAUGCUUUCCAUCUCAGAGUCUGCUCGGACUUCUUGAGCUGGUCGUUCAAAUUAGACGACUGGCUCGAGAUCGAUAGGUAUGAUGUUAACGAUGCGUGGGGAGUGCGAGAUUGCUGUAUGUCUGCAUUCCGCGAUCCCAUCAACUUCCAGACGGAAAGAUACAGCGCAAAGAUGUGCAAAUCAUUCUUCGGUCGCUAUAUGGAGACUGGCAGUCCCGGCUGCGUCGAGAGGUUCAUCCACACAAUGGACUUGUGGUUCAUUUCUGCGGCUAAGGAGGUGGACAACCGCGCCAAGGGACAUGUCGAUGAUGUCGAAUCCUACAUCGAGUUGAGGCGCGACUUGAGCGGCUGCAAGGCUUGCUUUGCCCUCAUCGAAUUCGUAAAUCAGCUUGAUCUCCCCAACGACGUAGUCUCGCACCCGGUCAUCAUGGCUCUGGAGGAGUCUACCAAUGAUUUUAUUUCAUGGUCCAACGAUAUUUUCUCCUACAACCGGGAGCAAUCUCACCAUAGCACACAUAAUUUAGUUGCCGUGCUCAUGAUCGACCAAGGUCUAGACCUGCAAGGCGCUAUCGACCGUUGCGCUCAGCUAUGCAAGAGUGCCACUCAACGCUUUGACGAAAACCUUGCUAUCCUCCCCUCGUGGGGAGAAGAGGUUGAUAGGCAGGUGGCUAUCUACGUUCAAGGGCUGCAGAGCUGGAUGGCCGGUUCGCUGAACUGGUCCUUCGAGACUGCCCGCUAUUUCGGGAAAGAUGUGCAUACCGUUAAGCGGGACCGACACGUCAAGCUACUUCCCAAGAAGCCCUUGUAG